AUGACGACGGUGGGCCAUAAGAGGUCAGUUGUCGUUUGGUCGACGCCGUCCUCCAAAAAGCUUCAGCAACGUCGAAGGGAACUUUCAACCAAAACGAAACGACAUCAAACCUCGGGCAAGCCGGUGUCGUCUUCUGUUGUGGCGGAUGUACAGGAAUCGCUUCAGGUCAAAACUAACAAAAGAGAAGAUAUGAAGAACAAGAUGGUGUGGCUUCUGAUUUGUGGUCAUUUGAGUGUUACUGCCGGUUGGGGAGGCUUUCUUGGAGAAACGCGAGUGAAACAUGAUUUUGGAAACAUUCAACUACCAGUGUCAGAUCUUCCGUCAGUCUGGAAGGUCGACUCACAAGCGAAAAUAGAUCACGGUCUUGCGUUGUCACACGAUGUGAGUCUACCAAAACCAGAGUCAGGCUGUCAACCAGAAGAAGUUGUCAGCCGGAGCCAUCUGCCAAAAGGGGCCUUAUCUGACUUGGGGGUCGAGCAGAUGCGAUUGACUCGCGCUGUCCUCAACCCCCGGGCCAGUUCAGGCGUGACCAUGCCUCUUAUCAGCCCACAUGCGGCCAAUAAGCCGUUUCCGAGGCCCCGAGUUACCGGCACCAUUUACGCCCUAGUGACCGACGGCCACGCGAUCAGACCGGCACAGGUUGCUAUCAUGCACCGACAAACCGCGUUGUGUUGA